ACACUUAUGUGUCUUUAGGGAUAAACCACCCGUCCUUAGUUGGCAGCAUUUUUUUACGACAUUAGUCUUUUCCUCUUUGCUCGUUCACUUAUCACGCUUCCUCAUCAUCAGGAACAUCAUGUCUCCGGCAAAGAAAGCUCCAGCAUCUGCUGAACCCAAGAAAGCAACCCCCAAGGCUGCUCCAGCUGCCGCACCGGCUGCUGCUGCUGCCAAGAAGCCAGCUGAGAAGGCCCCUGUGAAAGCUCCUGCUGCGGGAACUGCUAAAGCCCCUGCCCCAGCUCCAGUAACGAAGGCCUCAACUCCAGUUGCUGCCAAAGCUGCACCUGUAGCCGCUGCUGCUACUAAAGGAACCCCAAAGGUGGCUGCAGCACCAGCUAAGGCUUCUCCAGCUCCAGCUAAGGCUGCUGCUACCCCAACUAAUAAAGCUGCUGCAGCUACAGUUAAGGCUGCGGCAACUACUAAGGCUGCCCCUGCUGCUUCUCCCGCAACAACAAAAGCUGGAGCCAAACCAGUGGCUAGCCCUGCUGCUGCAACAACCAAGAAAGGUGCUGCACCUGCUGAUGCAGCCAAGAAAGAGGUUGCUUCCUCUGCAAAGAAGGGUGCUGCUGACAAAAAGGCUGCUCCAGCUGCAGUUCCUGCUGCAUCCCCAGCCAAGCGAAAGGCUGAUGCCCCUGCUGAAAAGAAAGCUCCUGUUGCUGAGAAGAAAGCAGCCGUUGAGAAAAAGCCUGCUGUAGUUGCUGCUCCUAAGAAGCCUGAAGCUGCAGCCAAGAAACCAGAGGCUGCUGCUGCUAAGAAACCAGAAGCUGCAGUCAAGAAACCUAGUGAGAAAAAAGUUGCUCCAUUGAAGGCAGCUGUCAAGGCAAAGAAAGAGACCCCAAAGAAACUUGAGGGUGUCAAGAUUAAAGGAAAGGGUUACAAGGGCAAGAAACUUAACCUCAAGUUCACCAUUGACUGCACUCACCCUGUUGAAGAUGGAAUUAUGAAUGCAGCUGAUUUUGAAACAUACUUGAAGCAGCACAUCAAGCUGAAUAAGAAAGUUGGCAAUUUGGGAACACACAUCCAAACUGAGCUGGCAAAGAGCAAAAUCAUUGUUUCUUCAGAUGUUCCCUUCUCCAAGAGGUAUUUGAAGUACCUGACGAAACGUUACUUGAAGAAGAACAAUCUUCGCGAUUGGCUGCGAGUUGUUGCCAACGGAAAGACCUCUUAUGAACUCAGAUACUUCAAUAUCAACAAUGAGGAAGAGGAUGAUGAUGAUGACAAGGAAUAAGUUCGUCUCUCCGUUGUUUCGUUUUUGCUGUAAAGUAAUAAACGAUGACCAUUA